ACGUGAAAAAAAUGGUAAAAGUACAAAAUAAGACUCGCAGAUCAGCGGAGGCCGUGCAGAAAUCUCCCAAAUUUAAGAAGGCUUUUAAUCCUUUCGAAGUUUUUCUAAAUAAAGUGAAAAUUAGAUUUUUGAAUAAGAAGACCAAGCACGACGGAGUAUCUUUAUCUAAGGCGUUUCGAAAAACAGAAACAACUGAUUAUAAAUUACGGAAUAGGAGAGUUAAUGGUAACCGCCCAGUUGAUAUAUCCAUUCCCUGUUCUAUUCUAAACUCUAAAAAGAAGUCUUUAUUGUUUGAUGAACAUAUUUGGACUUACCAUCAACAAACUUCGAAAGACGAUUAUUUGAAAGGACUCGAGAAAUUGCAAUUCAAGGAAAAUAGUUGUAAUAAAUUGCAAAGUACUACAAAGCAAUCCUCAAAUAACCAGAAUGUACUAGGGUCGCCGAAGAAGCAAAACACAUCGAUUUACAAGUUAACAGAUCAGUUCGAGUACAAAGAAGUUUUGUUGAUAGUACCAAAUUGUAAUAACAAGAUCGACGAUCAAAUACAGCUUCCAAUGGAAAACAACAUAUUACAAAGUUUCGAAAAAAACUUGGAAAAAAUAAACCUGUCUUUUGAUGAUAGACAUAUGACAGACAUAUCAGUAUCGGACUUGACGUUAUCAAUGAAUAAUGGUAUAACUACAGUGUCAGUACAUGAUGUAAUAUUGAAAAAUGUAGAGGAACCUGAAAAAAAUAUGUCUUAUUUCAGAAAAAAAGUCCAGAUCUCUAAAACAAAUUUGAUUAAUAGAUCAAUAAUGGGUUAUUCGGAAACGGAAAGCUUGAAUGAAGACUUCAAAGAGAUAAAGCUGUUGGAUAAAGCCCGUGGUGAGUCACAAUCUAUGUACGGUCUUCCUGAAAAUUACGAGCAACUACGUGAACUUCUGCAAGAUAAACCUAGCCACGAUCAAAGUGUCAUAAUUGAAAGGAUGAUUCAAUGUAAUCAUCUGAGUUUGCAGAAAGAGAAUAUGAUCGAAGUAAGCAGUUUGUUUGAAUACUUACUUCGACAUUUGAGCGACAUUUGUUGCGAUCUGAAGGAUUGCAAAAAAUGCUUCGACGUAUUCACUUGCUUAACUCCUCAAUUUUUUGAUUUGGCUAUGCUGAAUCCAGAGAGAGCUCAUAUAUCAUUGCUGGAUGUAAUUCAAGAGAAGCAAACCGAAUACCGAAAAGAUACGUCAAGAUUUCCUGGUAUCGACGUUAUUCUUUAUUUAAACUUAAGCUAUCAGCUGUUUACGGAAAAAGAACUCCAAUUGCUUACACCUAAUUUAGUGUUCAUGGAACAGAUGCUUACCACAUGCCAGGUUAAAACAAGAGCUGAUGUCGCUUAUGGAUUAUUUCUGGUUACUCUAAUAGCACAAUACACGUCUUUAUCAAAAGGAUAUUCUCCAGCCUGCGUGAUGUUCCUCAAUGGAAUCCUUCGCAUAGCAAUACCAAAAAAUUCGAAACAAUUUCCGUCAUCCAACAAAUUCAGUUGUAGUCUCGUUUUGACAGAACCUGUUGAUUCCAUGGACAAUGACAAACUAGACAUUAAAGAUUUAACAGAUGCAAAGGAUUUCGAUCAAAGCUUCCGGGGAAAGGUAAUCAACGUUUCACUAGGCUUACUCAUAUACUUCCACUCGUGCUGUGAAUCGCUUCCUUCCUGCUUCGAAAUUUUCGAAAGGACACUUGUUUCUUUGAAACAGUUACCUGUAAUGUAUUAUCCAAAAGAAUUGAAUGAAACCAUAUCGAAAUUCAUCCACGAUUUGGAACAAUCUAACAAGAAUAGGAUACUGAAGUUCAUAAUAAUGGAUACAGAAUUAGAUAAAACGAUAUGACAAGGAAACACGUAGAGACAAGGUUUAAUAAUAAUUGUAAUGUGGCUUCAAAUUAAACAAAG